CUCACUGAUCCUCAGAGACUCUUCUGAAGAGAGAGCGAGAGAGAGAGGUGGAAGAAGAGAGAGGGAAGGUCCAUUUUGAAUCAGUUAAUUUCAGUUAAUAAUUUAUGAAGGCAAAACCACAACAAUGGUGACGGACCAAGAGAUUGCGAAAGAAGUGGAAACUCUGCUCCGUCAGUCAGACCCUAACGCCGUUACUUCUCUAAACGGUGUCGUUCAACAGCUGGAAGCCAAGCUAGGGUUAGACCUGUCCCACAAAGCCGGCUUCAUCAGGGACCAGAUUAGCUUCCUCCUUCGGUCGGAACCCGUGCCGAAAGAACAUUUUGCCUCUGAAUUCCACACUCAAUACCCAGACUGUAGCCAGCCUCCUCAACAAUUUAUCCAUCCCCAUGUCGUCUUCCAGCAGGAGCUCCACCAACAGCACAACCCCUCCCCUCCGCCGAUACAGCCUCAAGUGCAACCCCGUCCACCUCCGCCGCCGCUAACUGUGGCAAAAACUGGAGCUGACACUCAGAAUGUAGUGGCAAAGCCUUCUGGAACACCAAAAGGAAGCGCUCCAGCUGGAACCAAAAGAAGAGGCGGUCCAGGUGGUCUAAACAAAUUAUGUGGCGUUUCACCUGAACUACAGGCCAUUGUUGGGGAGCCAGCAUUGUCGAGGACAGAGAUUGUGAAGCAGCUAUGGGCAUACAUCAGAAAGCACAACCUUCAGGAUCCAGGUAACAAGAGAAAGAUUAUCUGUGACGAUGCCUUGCGAUUGGUUUUUGAAACGGACUGCACAGACAUGUUCAAGAUGAAUAAGCUGCUUGCAAAACAUAUUAUGGCACUUGAUCCAACAAAAGAAUCUGGUCAAGCUAAGAAACCAAAGGUUGAAGAUUAUCCUGAACAGGGAAGUACGGAAUGCAGUCCUCCUCCUGUGUUAAUAUCAGAUUCACUUGUAAAAUUUUUUGGCACUGGAGAAAGGGAGAUGCUUCAAUCUGUGGCACUGGGACGUGUUUGGGAUUACAUAAAGGUUAAUCAGCUUGAGGAUCCUCUGAAUUCAAUGACGAUUCAUUGUGAUGCAAAGCUUCAGGAGCUUUUAGGGUGUCAAAACAUAUCUGCUUUGGGAAUGCAGGAGUUGAUUGCACGCCGGCAUUUUUUUAAGCGUUGAUGUUGCUUUCUUGUGUGAAGUGGUAUCUGGAGGUUAUAGCUAGCUAGUUGUUU